UACAGAUCCCACUUACGGCAGUAACCUUCCUCGAGAGACAAAUACUUUGUGCUUCUCGCCGGAGGUCCUCUCCCUCAUCAGCCCUUCAUCCGCAAAGUGGCUGACAGGUUCCCGGUUAGCCCAGUGAGUCAUCCGGCGACAUUGCAGCAGACUCUGGAACGGAGUGUGUUCUUCAUUUUUUUCUGUGAACGAAGUGAGAUCAGGUCCUGAAGAUGAGUAACCUGACCAACGAGUUGAGUCCCUUCGACCGCGAGUCGUUCAACGAGUCGUACCCGCUGGAUUGCUCGUACCUAGUCUACUACGACCAGAAUGCUACGUUCAACGAGAGCAACUGCACCUUCCAGCUAUACGAGCGGAAUGCCGAGAUGAGCACCCUGGUGGUGAUCAUCACGCAGCUCUUCUACGCUAUCACGUGCAUCACGGGACUGUGCGGCAACACGCUCGUCAUCUACGUGGUGACGAGGUUCUCCCGCAUGCAGACGGUGACCAACCUGUACAUCCUGAACCUGGCCAUCGCCGACGAGCUGUUCAUGCUCGGGAUCCCCUUCAUCAUGACGACGUCCAUCAUGCACUACUGGCCCUUCGGCUCAAUCAUGUGCAAGCUGUACAUGAUCACGACGUCGCUCAACCAGUUCACCAGCUCGCUCUUCCUCACCAUCAUGAGCGCCGACCGCUACAUCGCCGUCUGCCACCCCAUCAACUCGCCCAAGUUCCGCACGCCCAUGAUCUCCAAGCUGGUGUCGCUGACGGCUUGGUUCCUGUCGGCGCUCAUGAUCAUCCCGGUGUUCAUGUACUCGAACACUCUGGAGAGCGACGGCCGCGACAACUGCAACAUCAUCUGGCCCGAGAGCCAGGGCGUGCGCGGAGAGAUCGCCUUCACGCGCUACUCCUUCGCCCUGGCCUUCGGCAUCCCGCUCGUGCUCAUCUUCAUCUUCUACAGCCUGGUGCUGCACAAGCUCAAGACGGUGGGGCCCAAGACCAAGUCCAAGGAGAAGAAGAAGUCGCGGCAGCGGGUCACGCGCCUCGUGCUCACCGUCAUCACCGUCUACGUGAUCUGCUGGUUGCCCUACUGGGUGCUGCAGCUCACACUCAUCCUCAGCGAGCCCAAGAAGGGCCACAGCACCCUCAGGGUCGUGCUGUUCAUGGUGUCCUCGUGCCUCUCCUACAUCAACUCCGCCCUCAACCCCAUCCUGUACGCCUUCCUCAGCGACAACUUCAAGAAGAGUUUCAUGAAGGCGUGCACGUGCGCCGCCGGCAGGGAGGCCAACAACGCCCUGCGACCGGAGAACUCCAUGUUCCCGCUGCGGCAACGAGGGGUGUCCACGCGGGCCCGGGGCGCGCCGCAGAAGGAGAAGGAGUCGGCCGAGGGCACCACCUCGCAGGGCGCCAUGAGCAAAGAGCCCUCCACGGCCGUCACGACCACCAGCUCCAAGCAGAUGAUGGCCAUGUCCAGCCAUGACGACCACUCCCUCAGGAACGGCAGGUCGCCCGGCCCGAGGCUGCCCGACCUCCUGCAGUAAGCGUCCGGGCGCGACUGAGGCGAAGCAGCAGGCGGUAGGCUGCGCGAAGUGAGCUCCUGAGGCAAAAGGAUACGAAGGGAACGAGGUCGGGAGGAUGGAGACUCAUUCUCUGGCGCCUCUUGGUGAGGGGAAACUUUCAGAAGGGACUGAAUAAGGAAUCACCUGAAAAGAGACAAGAAGAAAGAGAAAAAAGGGAAGAAGGAAUACAUCUUGAAAUUUAUGGAAUAACUUUUGAUUAAUCAAAUUAAUGUUUCCGGGGGAACUUUUUUUUCUACAGAAAUAUUUGACUAGAGUAACACCCAUUAUUCAAAUCGCAAACUAGAUGACGUGGGGAGACAAACUCAUUAUAAAGUAAGUCUGGCACAAAGAAGAUGAUCCUGGAGUCAGCAGUCAUCCAUUAAGGAUUCUCGUAAAAAAUAAGAGCAAAAGCACGUAUCAUAAGGUAAACUUGGAUGCUGAAGGACCACCCGUUUCCCUUUAAAUCUAGGGUAUAAUUUAAAUAUAUGAAAUCACAUUUGACUGUUUGGUGAGGAUAUGACAAAAAUGUAAUAGGCCAUCAUGUAUAAGAAAAAAACAACCUCCAUUUAAUCGGUUUCUGUCUUAUUCUGAGAAUGGAAUAUAUUUAAAUCUCCUUCCGAGAAUUGCUAAAUAACCUCCAGCGUCAUUUGAGAUGAAAAACAAAUCUAAUAACAAUUUACUUUUGGGAUGAGGACAAGAUGGAGAUUGCACUUGUUUACGUAGUACACACACUCACACACACACACACACACACACACACACACACACACACACACACACACACACACACACACACACACACACACACACACACACACACACACACACACAUACACACACACACACACACACACACACACACACACAUUGUCAGGGAGGAACAGGAGGUUACCAAUUUAAUGGAACAUUUUUUUUUUUAUAAUGAAAGGGUUACCCUCACCCCCCCCCCCCUCCCUCAAAGGCAAAGACAAGGAAUUCGACGAAGAGGAAGAAGUCGACGAAGAUAAUAGGAUUCACAGAAAACGUAACCAGACUGUCACCGCUAGAGGCAUGACUCAAGUAUUUUGAGAAACCUAGUUUUAGACAAGUUUGUUUAUAGACUUACCUUUCUAGAGCAGACAUAUAUAUUCUUCCUGGGCUCACUUAGGAUUAUGAUAUUCCACCACUGUGUCGGUGGAUUAAUUUUCCCUCAAAGAAAAUUAGAAAAAAGGAAAUCAAUGCUCAUCAUUACCAGCGGAAAGAAAAGAGCGUCGUCGUUGCCAUGGUAACUCUGGCGCUGUGCUUGCUGCCAUUACCAAAUGUUAAACUGCAUUAUAAAGGGAGAGUCGUGGGCUCGUCGCUCAUAAACUUUCCUUGCCUUGUCACUGUGGAAUAACCUGAAUUAGAUUUUGGGAUGAAUAAGAAGAAACGGACAACAGAUGCGUUCUCUUUUUGAAGAGAUAAUAUUCAUUGUCAUAGCUCAGAUCAAC